CGGGGGUGGUCGGUCGAUCUGUUGGGUGGUCGGUCUUUCGGGGGUCUGCGAUGGAGCCGUGCGGAGGGGCCCGGCAGCAGGAGCGGCAUUACCGCCUGCUCUCCUCCCUCCAGGCCCUCGUCAACGAGCUGCCCAGCUCGUGCCAGCAGCGGCUGUCCUACACGCUGCUGAGCGACCUGGCCCUGGCCCUGCUGGACGGCACCGUGUUCGAGAUCGUGCAGGGCCUGCUGGAGAUCCAGCACCUCACCGAGAGGAGCCUGUACAGCCAGCGGCUCAAGCUGCAGAGCGAGCACCGUGGGCUCAGGCAGGCCAUGCUGCACAGGCACAAGGAAGCCCAGCAGAGCUGUCUGCCCCACAACCUGGCUUUGCUCCGAGCAGCCCAGCAGCGUGAGCAGGAGGCCUUGGAGCAGCGGGUCAAAGAGGAGCAGCAGAUGAUGGAUCAGAAGAUCGUCCUGGAGCUGGACCAGAAGGUGGCCGACCAGCAGAGCACACUGGAGAAGGCCGGAGUCACGGGCUUCUAUGUGACCACGAAUCCUCAGGAGCUGACUUUGCAGAUGAACGUGCUGGAGCUCAUCCGGAAGCUACAGCAGCGGGAAUUUGGAGGGGCCGAGCCGGGCCCCUGAGUCCAGCCUGAGGAACAGAGGAGACGGCAUGGACCUCGUGAUGGAGGUCCUGACUGGCUCCCGAGAGUGGAGCGUGCCUCCUGGGACAGGCCUUCCCGGGGCCACGGGCUCAGGACAGUUUCCUGUGACCCCCGGGGCCCUGGAGAAGCAUCCAGUCGAGGCGAUGGUGGACAGGCGGAACGAGGAGAGAUUGGAUCCCCCUCCACCAUCAGGCCGGCCCCAGGGUUCAUGAGGGUCCCGGGGAGGCCGGGCCACAGGCCUCAAUGAGGUCG